GUUCUGGCAGGGAUCGGAGGAAACCCCUGCGACCCAAGCAAACUGACAGCAGCCUGUUACCCUUCCCUCCCGGCAGGACGGCGACGGCGGGAAGAGCUUCGCCCGUUUAAAUCCCCUCCCGCGGCAGGCGCGGAGCCGCCGCCGCCGUCUCGGGGUUGAUUCGUAGCACCUUGCGAGGAAGUGAAACGUUUCGCACGGAAGGGGCGGAGCGUCCGCCCGCGGGCAGCGGCUCCUCGGCGGCGGCUAAUAACAACAUUAGGAGAUUAGCUCUACAACUUCUCCCCACUUCUCUAACCUUUCCUGGCCGAUAAUUUACCGUGCUUUCUUCCUACUUUUUUUUUUUUUUUAAUUUUAUUUUAUUUAUUCCUCCUUUCCUUUUUUUUUUUUUUUUUUUUUUUUUUGGGUUGGGAGAUACCCUCUUUUUGUAAACUAAAGAACGGGGCGGGGGGGGGCUAAUCCGAGGCGUUUCUCUCUGUCCGUCUGUCUACCCCCCUCCCCCUCCCCUGUUUUUAAACCCCUUAGUCAGAGGCAGGGUGCAAACUAAAAGCCACCACCACCACCAUCUCCUCUAGGAGAUACUUUGGCCUGCAGCACACCUGCCUCGCUGGCAAGGCAGAGCCGGUAGGCAGGGCCGGCCUCGCCCCUCGGUAGUGCCCGCGGUGGCAGAAGACGAGCGGCUGCUGCAGGGGGACCAUCUUGCCGCGGCUCCUCCGGCGGCGUCUCCGUGCGGCGGAGGGGCUGGCUGGGAGGGGAGGGAGAACCUGCUUCUCGGGGGCUCUGUUUACGUACACACAUAGCUGCGAGCGGGGAGUUUCUCCUGCCGGCGCGUCCUGCGAGCUGCCUGGAGAAUUCCGAGUCGGAGCUCUGCCGAGCGGGGCGGGAGAGGAAAGCCGAGGCAGGGCAUGAGUUAUAGCGCAAAAAGCGGCGUUUCGCUGAGCUCCCGGGCAGCGCGGUGGUGGUGGCGGCAGCAGCCGUCCGGCGCCGCGGCAGCUCCUGCCUGGUCCUUCGGUAGCAGCUGGUCGCGGCCCAUCCUGGACAUGUCCUACUCCCGUCAGUUUCUGGAUUUCCAGGGCUCGUCUAUCCCCAGCUCCAUGAAGAAGCUGGUGGUGACGAAGCUGAGCCAAAACUUCAGGGAAGCGGUCACCCUGCAGCAGGACUCGCCCGUGCCACUCCCGGGAGACGGAGACCUCCUGGUCAGGAACAGAUUUGUCGGCAUCAAUGCAUCUGAUAUAAACUACUCAGCUGGUCGAUAUGACGCCUCAGUUAAACCCCCCUUUGAUAUAGGCUUUGAAGGUGUCGGUGAAGUGGUAGCAUUAGGACUCAGUGCUAGUGCAGAUUACACGGUGGGUCAGGCUGUGGCCUAUGUGAAAGCAGGUUCCUUUGCUGAAUACACAGUUGUGCCGGCCAGACAAGCAGUCCUUCUACCCUCAGUGAAACCCGAGUUUCUCACUUUAAUGGUAAGUGGCGCAACUGCAUACCUCAGUUUGAAAGAGCUGGGAGACCUGUCUGAAGGCAAGAAGAUUCUGGUGACAGCAGCAGCUGGAGGAACAGGCCAGUUCGCUGUGCAGCUUGCAAAGAAGGCAAAAUGCCAUGUAAUUGGAACCUGCUCCAGUGAUGAAAAGGGUGGCUUUCUGAAAUCCAUUGGCUGUGACCGUACCAUCAACUAUAAAACUGAAAAUGUGGAAUCUGUGCUUAGGAAGGACUACCCCGAAGGUGUGGAUGUGGUGUAUGAAUCUGUUGGAGGAAAGAUGUUUGACUUGGCUCUCAAUGCCUUGGCUAUCAAAGGGCGCCUGAUAGUUAUAGGGUUUAUCGCUGGCUACCAAAACCCCACUGGCCUCCAGCCCAUUAAAGCAGAGUUAUUGCCAGCAAAACUAUUGAAGAAGUCUGCUAGCGUCCGGGGUUUCUUCUUGAACCAUUACCUUUCUGACUACAAAAUGGCUCUGCAGCAUUUGCUCAAGAUGUAUGAAAGAGGAGACCUGGUUUGUGAGGUGGACUUUGGAGACAUGUCUCCUGAGGGCAAGUUCACUGGCUUGGAAUCUGUAUUCCGUGCUGUAGAUUACAUGUACAUGGGAAAAAACAUUGGAAAAAUUGUAGUUGAAUUACCUCACUCUGUCAACAGUAAGCUGUAAAAACAGAACAAUGAUAUAAAUCAGAAGAGAGAAAAUGGGCACUUUAUGCCUCAGAUUUACUAGAAACAAUAUCUUUUUUUAAGCUUAGUAAUGGAUAUUAUAUUAAAAAACAGCAUUAAAGUGUUAAUAAAAAGGGAUGGGUUUGUUGGGGUUUUUUUCCGUUUAUUUGUUUUUAUUUUCUUAAAAGUGUUUAAAUCAGUGGCUGUAGCAGGGACAUAAUGGGCCUGUGUUUGAUAUUGUCACUUGGGUUAGCAUGAGACAAGAACAUUGUUCUUGACAGAAUAAGUCUUGAUGCAGAGGCAGAUUUAGUCUGUCAGCCUGAUUUGAUAAGACUUCAUCUGUAGUUCAGCUCAGAAAAAAAAUCUUUCAGCAAUUUUGAGUCCCUGAUUUAAAAAUAAAAUUUUUAGAACAAGAAUAAGUAAAGAGUUGUAUCUUUGGGUUGCUCUAUUAAUCUUUUGAAGUUUCUGGGAAAAAACUGCUCUUGAUUUUCUGUCACAAACAUGAUAAUCAUAAUUCAGUUGCAUCAUGGAUCAUAGUAAUAUUCCUUGACUGGUUACACAGGGAAAUUUAUCCUCCAAUUCUGACAUGUCAGUAAUAUUAAGCAACUUGACUUUUUUUUUAAUCCUGUCUUUCAUAACUAUAAACAACUGCGCAAUUUUCUUUUAAAUCUUUAACUACAAGUUGCAAUAUAGUCUCAUUUUGUUGCCUUUUCAUUUUCCACUGUUACUGUUUAUUGUCCAGUCUCCCCUUUAGUCAGUGUUUAAAGAUUAUUGGAAUGGGAUUUUGAGCCAUGUUCAUGUGUGUUCAUGCCCUGUAUAUUUUUUGAAGAUGAAAUAAAGUUUUAAAAGCUA